AUGACGGGUCCGUUCACUGUGCACGAAUUUUAUCUCCGCGUUUGUGGCGUGAUCCAACUCCAUAUUUGUAGACGAUUUCACUAUCUUGUUUCUUUCUUACUUUUGCAUUUAAAAAUUUUAUCUCUUUUUGAUAUCCUCCUCGCUCUCUUUUGUGUUAUUGUCUCUCUCCCUGAACCCAUUUCUAUUUCCCACUAUCCUCCUCCACUUCUUCCUGUAAUCUCUCUCUUCAUUACCCAAAAUCCUUCAUUGAUCUUCCUAUAUCUCUCCCUCUCAAGCCUCAAAAAUUAUAAAUUUUAUAAAAUUCUUUUAUUUUCCUCGUUAAAAACUCUCUCUCUCUCUUUUGAAAUUCCAUUUUGUUUUUCUCCCCUCCUCAAUUUAUUUUCCCUGCUUUGUUCUCUCUCCUUCCUUACCUAUUCUCCCCCCUUCUUCACUCUGUAUUAUUUUUACCUAAUAAUCUUUUACUUUAAACGGUGUCUUUCUCAUUCUGUCACCUCUCCCUUUCUUUCUUUCUCUCUCUCUCUCAGUCCGUCGGCACCUUUCUCAUUUUGUCCCUCUCCUUCUCUCUCACAGUCAGUUGGCGCCUUUUUCAUUCUGUCCCUCUCCCUCUCUCUAUCUCAGUCAGUUGGCGCCUUACUCAUUCUGUCAUUCUCCCUUUCUCUCUAUCUCAGUCUGUCGACGUCUUUCUCAUUCUGUACUUCUCCCUUUCUCUCUAUCUCAUUGGCACGUUUUUCAUUCUGUCCUUCUCCCUCUCCUAUCUCAGUCGACGCCUUUCUCAUUCUGUCCCUCUCCCUUUCUAUUUCAAUCAGUUGGCGCCUUUUUCAUUGUCCUUCUCCCUCUCCCUCUAUCUCAGUCUGUCGGCGUCUUUCUCUUUCUGUCUCAGUUAGUUGGCAUCUUUCUCAUUCUGACCCUCUCUCUCUCUCUCUCUCUCAGUAUGUUGUCUUUUUCAUUCUUUUCAUCUCUCUGUUCCUCUCUCCCUCUCUCUCUCACACACACACAGUCCGUCGGCGUCUUUCUCAUUCUUUUUUUUCUCUCUCCCUCCCCCAGUCUAUUUACGUCUUUCUCACUCUGUUCAUAUCUGUCUGUAUUUACAUCAUUUUUCACGCCACAAUCAAAGUCUAUUCAUAUCUAUUCAAACGUGUUCACAUCUGUCCACCGAAAUCCGUUCAUUAA